CUCUUUAUAUUUUUGCUCAGAUAUAGAUUAGAUAGAUUAUUCCAUACAUAGACACAUAUUCUUAUCAAUGACCGACGUAUCAAAUACAACACCUAUCAAUGAUGAUACUUCCAAAAAGGAUAUGAAAAAGUUUGAACGCUGGCGAAAGUCAUUACAAUAUUUGACGGGACUUGGUAUGAAUGAAACAGAAAGAAAGGCCUUUCGUGACCAAAUAGAUAUCGAACUUGCAGAAUAUCAAUGUCAACAAUGUGAACGUUGGAAAACAAAUCUUAUCAAGAAUAAUCCUCCUGUACGGUUUAUGAUGGAUGAAUUGAAAAAGAUUGGUCGUGAAAUGAGUAGUGAAGAUUUUCAAUGUAUGCCUUGUGACGAAACACGAUCUGGUGGUUUCUCUCCUGAGGAUGGUAUUCUAUUAUGUCAAAAUCGAUUGGGAACGAAAACAAGACAGGAACAUACAAUGGUACAUGAAAUGGUACAUAUGUAUGAUCAUCACAAAUUCAAAGUAAAUUGGUCUAAUUUAAGGCAUCAUGCUUGUAGUGAAAUUCGGGCAGCAAGUUUAAGCGGGGAUUGCAAUUGGUCAAGUGAAAUACAACGUGGAUUUUAUACCUUUACCAAACAACAUCAAGCAUGUGUAAAACGACGAGCCAUUUUAUCAGUAGCUCAGAAUCCAAAUUGCAAGGAUAAAGCAGAGGCUGAAAGAGCAGUAUCUAGUGUAUUUGAAAGUUGUUUUGCUGAUACUCGACCUUUUGAUGAAAUUUAUUAGUUUUAGUUUUUGUACAAUAAAGAAUAAAGUGAUAUCACAUGUAUUUUUUUUGACUGU